AUGUCUUCAGAAGCUGGGUCUUCUUUUGCUACACUUGCUCAGAAAAAUGAUCAGAAUUUGGCGGUUAUUCAUCUACUUCGAAUGGCCGAAGAAUGUCGAAUUCAGAAGCCUCCAAGGUACAAAUUAUGUUUGAAAUGUUUAAUGGUAAGGUUUUUUUACAAUUUACAUUGCUUUAUGUUUAGGCAGCGACAAAGGUACCUUGUACUGAAGAUUUACGAGUAAAAGUGGAGUUAAGGCUGGGAAAAUGUUUGUGGUUGUAUAGCAAGAACGUUACUCUGGCUAAAAAGUAUCUAACAAGCACCGUAAGUCUUUAAAAUUGUAUUGUGUGAUAUUUAGUAGUAAAUCUCGUAAUAGUUAACAAUGUGAAGAAGUUUUACAUUUAGAUUUCAGCAAAGUUUUAUUUAAGAGCAAUAUUAUUAUAAACUGCUUUUAGUACACAAAUCUGAAAAAGAUGGGCGACGUUCGUUUGUACUUACAUGUCGCCGGAUUGCUUGGAGACGUCUAUUUGUACGAACAAGAUUAUGAUGCUGUGAAACACCUGAUAAGACAAGACUUGGAAGUGUCAAAACAGUUACCUUUUUAUUAUGCCAAACUCUUAUUUAUGUUGGCUGAUUCGUAUUACCGUUCUGAAGACAUGGAAACAGCUUUGGAAGUUGUGAAACGAGGGAUAACUUACUUCACUCAGAGUCAGAACUCUGUUAUUGUUUGCUAUUUCUUGCUGGUUAAGAGCUUGGUAAGGUUAUUUGCUGUACAACUUUUAUUUUAAAUAUUAACUACUUGUGAAUUUUCAAGAAAAGUUUUUUUGUUAUAUUAUAGUGGGUUAUGUUUAGAUAUACUCGACACAAUCAGGAAACUUCCAAACGCAGUUAGGUGUUACCGUAGGUGAACUUGGAGAGAUAUUAAACACAUUACCUGCUGAUCUACCUGAACUUGAUGAUAUUCGAGCGUUUUGUUAUACAGUUCAGCUGUCCUUCUUCUUGUCUGUCGGAUUCGUAGGUUCAGAAACUGAUUUUGUUAUAUAUUAUAUUAAUCUUUAUAAGAAAACAUUAGCACAGGAAGUCAAAAGGGGCUAUUGUAUUAAGGAUGAUAGCUUGCAGAAGGUAAAGGGUUUUAACUUUUAAAUUUCAGUACAAAAAUGGCCGAAGCUGUCUAGGACAACUUCACAACGCUGUCCAAUCGGCUUCGAAACGAGAGCAGAAUCCGAAUCCUCACUUCAGAUGGCUGAAUUCAGAGAUGUUGACAGCUGUAGCUUAUGUCUUUACCGUUCUUACUAACGUUCAUUUGAAUAACAUGGACAGAGCGCAAAGGUAUCAUCAGACGUCUGUAAAACACUUUGAUACUCUUAAAUUGUGUUGGGCGAGGUCAGUUUGGCCAAUUAUCGAAAGAUCUCAUGAGACUUUGGCUAAGAAACUGGAGAUUCUGGUGUUUUUGGAGAUUGCACCUACGUUUCUGAUCAAAGGAGACACUAAGAAUUGUUUGUCUUGUGUAAGUUAGGAUGAUAAACAACUUGUAAUGACACUUUGGUUCUGUCUCUUGAAUGUCAUACUGAAGAGAUUUGACUAAAUUUAUUUUAUGAUUUGAUGAUGAGUUAACACCUUUUUAGGUAUCAAAAUCGAUCGAUUUGAUAAUGAGGGAGCAGUACUUGUUCAACAACUUUAGUGCUCAAAUCCAUUGUACUUUAGGGAUGAUAGCUUGCUUCCACAAGCGAUUUAAGGAAGCUGAAGCUCAGUACAAUAUUGCUGCUACGGUAAGAGUUACUUUUCAGUAAAACGGUGUUAAUAUUAUUGAAAUUGAGUAUAUUGUUGUAUUUCUGUGCCCCCGUCAAAGCAAAUUUUUGCGGUUGGAGGGCAGAGGAUUAUCUGAACAACAUAAUAAUUAGUAAUAAAUUGACAUUUUCAGACAGCAAAUGACUUGGACUUGCAGAUAUUCAGUUACUUGAGUGUUGGUCUAGUAUACCUAUGUAGUGGCGAUUCUGUAAAUUACUACGAGAUGUGCGGCAAGAUCACGGCUUUAUUGUCGAACUCGAAGAACAUUAAAGCGGCAUUGUGCUUGGUGAAUGCCUUCAAUUCUUAUGUUCACGGAAAGGUUGAAGAUAGCAAGUAAGUCGACGCUUUUGAGGUAUUAGUGAGUUAAUAAUAGAGGUAAUAAUAAACUAAAUUUACUUUCGAUUUUUUUAUUAUUAUUGAUUUAGUCUAUUAUUACUUUCUGACCGUGAUUUUUACAUGAAAUAUAGAGUUUUUGUGUUUUUCAGAGGUCACAUAGCACAAUGCCUGAACAUAUCACGAGAUGAAGAUAUGGGAAGAAUUCAAUCUCUAGCUUCACUGUUGUCUUUGACUUUGUUCAAGGCCAAAGACAACGACGCUUUGGAAGCUGGGAUACAGUGGGCCAACAAACUGUCUGAUAUCAGUUUGAAGAUAUGGGGUUACACUCAAAUGAUUGGUAUGUCUUGUUACAUGAAAGCAAUGCUAUAAUAUUAAAAAUGAAAAAUUGGCCUUUACCUUGUUUUACUUUAUAAUAAACUAUUUGAUUUUAGAAAACGCAAAAUUAAAUAAAAACUACGAGGUAUUCAACCAAGCCAGUCAAGAAGUAGCUGUGCUCAAGUCAUUAGCAGCUGAAGAUCGUGCUACAGCACCGAAUAACAACGCUUUCCUUUUGAUCUCUUGGACGACGGAUCGCUUACCUGGACAUUAA